AUGGCAAAGAACAUCAACUACGUCAGCUUCACAAUGCUCUUGCUUGUCCUCGUGAUAGCUUCAACUGGAAUUUUCAAGAGCGAGGCUAUUGACUGCGUCAAUAACAGUGCUGACUUAUGUCCUCUCCGUGUGUUCUACGAGGAGUGUGGGCCUAAUCCGUACCCAGGUACAGAUGCUGAUUGCUGUAACUGUUGCAAAACCACAUGGGGGAGUCCUCCAGUAUGUUGGGCGGUUGUUGAGGGAAACCCGAAACAUUGCCACUGCUACAAAAAAUUAUGA